CACUAUCAACUUUUCUUACUAUUUUUUACUGAAACGAAAUUCUUCAACAGAAUAAUGCAAAAAACUAUUCGAUCCCAAGCUCUGAUCUACCGAAAAUUCGGAGAUCCUCUCAAAGUUCUGCAGUUGGAAACUGUCGAAGUUCCCGCCGAGCCGGGCAGUGGAGAGUGUCUGGUAGAGUGGUUGGCUUCUCCUAUUAACCCAUUGGAUAUUAAUCGGAUCCAAGGAAACUACGCGGUCAGAGCCGAGCUACCGGUGAUCGGAGGCAGUGAAGGUGUCGGCAGGGUUGUCAAGGCUGGCUCGGGCUCCCGCUUCAAAUCUGGAGACCAUGUGACAAUAUUCUCAGCGAAUACACCUAUUUGGACGGAAUUCGGAGUAGUUGAUGACGAUGAGCUAGUCAAAUUGGAUAAUAGAAUUCCUUUGGAUCUCGCCGCAACUCUCAUGAUAAAUCCGCCGACAGCAUGGAUUAUGCUCAAAAAAUACGUGAAUCUUCAAAAAGGCGAUUAUAUUAUUCAAAAUUCUGCAAAUUCCGGUGUCGGUAGAAGUGUUAUCGAAAUGUGCAAAGCAUUAGGCUAUAAAAGUAUUAAUAUCGUCAGAAAUCGGCAGAAUAUUGAAGCUUUGAAGACAGAUUUAUGGAGGAUUGGAGCAGAUCACGUGUUUACUGAAGAAGAGUUCAAGGGCACUUCUAGGCAGUUUCUGAAAUCAAUCAAUGUUCGUCCAAAACUUGCCCUAAACGGAGUCGGCGGGAAAAGUGCUCUACAAAUUAGCUCUGUGCUCGAGAGAGGUGGCACGUGUGUCACGUAUGGUGGAAUGUCGAAAAAAGCACACGAAUUCACAACUUCUGCACUGGUUUUCAAUGAUAUUUGUGUGAGAGGUGUUGCAGUUGGAAUGUGGGCUCGGCAGGAAGAGCAUUUAGAUGAAUGGAAUCUCUGUGUUGAUGAGGUUCAGAAACUCGCGGUUGCUGGAAAAAUCACGGCGAUUCCUAUGGAAAAAGUGGUGUUGGCAGAUCACAAGACUGCGAUUCAAAAAUCUUUGGAAGGCCGGAGCAUCAAACAGCUCUUCGUUAUUAAUUCGAAGGCUUCUGCUUCGCAUAUUUGAACUGUUUAAUUUUUUUGCUGUAUGUUUUGUAUUUAUCAUGUACAAAAAAGUGGAUUUUAAUGUUUUUUUGGGAUUUUCUUCGAAUUUUUCAAGCAUUUAUCACAAAAUAUUCAAUUUUUAAAUCAAAUUCCAUGAUAAAACGUAAUUUUUUUGAGAAUU